AUGAACGGACGCUUUCUGGGAGACCUUCCUCACGUCGGCAUCGUCGAGUCUUGGACCCCAGAGGUCGUGGAAACACGACCACCCAACGGCAUCGGCAUUGAGACGUCGGUCCCCGCCAGCGCCAUCCCCUGGAUGGCCUUGAUGGCGGUGGUUGUCCCGGCGUUGCUGGCUGUUGUUGUUGCUUUCUGGAGGAGGAAACUCAUUGGAACCGAUGCCCUUGAUGGUGAGGAGGACGACCUGGAAGUGUCAACCCUGGAACCAGUUCUUCUGACCGAAGAUCUGGAAAGCUCUGAGGAGGAGGAGGAGGAGGAGGAAGAACAACUCAACAACCCAGAGGAGGAGGAUUAUGAAGACGAACAACUUGACAGCUUUGAGAAUGAUCUUGACAACUCUGAGGAUGAUGAUGAUGAUGAGGAGGAGGAGGAGGAGGAAGAAGAAGAAAAGGAUAUUUUGGAAACUGAGGAGCUCGAACCCACCGAGGAAGAGGCGAAGGAGGAGGAGGAGGAGGAGGCGAAGGAAAAAUGCGAACCGAAAGACACCACCGAAGAAGACCAGCUCCUGAGACAACAUCCAGACCAACUGGAAGACGAAAGAAAGAGGUUAGCCGAGGACCUGGAAGCCAGUGAAGUUCACGCAGGAAAACUGGAAAGUCUGCUGAACGAAGCUAAUGACGAGAUUGCACGACUUCGAAAACAAAUACUGGACAAGGAGAUCCUCAUAGGAAAGAAAGCAGCUGCAGAGACAGAACUGAAAAGAGAAGUGGACAAAUUGAACGAUGAAAAGGAACAGCUGCAAUCUGAAAACCAAAACCUGGAAGAAUAUGCCGAGUUGGCUACAGGCCGAGCUGACAUCAUGGACAGCUUACACCAAGAACUGCUGGAUACCGUAACGUCUCUGGAGACUCAGCUGGAGAAGACAGAUCACUUGCUGAAGAAGAGAGACGACGAGGAAAGUGAACUACGAAGCUUCUUCCAGCAAAUUAUGGAUGACAAAGAAAUGGAACUGGAGAGCGCUUUGCACAAGGCAAAUGAGCUCGAGGAGAGAAAUUGUCAGCUCGAGCGAAAUCUCGCAAACGAGAAGCAAAGAAACGUCAGCCUUCAGAAUGAGGCCCUGAUGCUAAAAGGCCGAGCUCAGUCUUUAGAGUCAGCGCUGCUCCAUAAGGAAUCUCGACUGGACUCUGCAACAGAAGCUCUCAACAACGAGAGAGCAAAAAAUGACAUCACCUGUGCAGAACUUCAAGUAAUGAGGAACUGGGUCACAGAAUUAGGAGGUGAAAAUGCUGUGACUAAGGAAGAUUUGAAGGAUAAAUGUCUGGAUAUUACUUUACUCAGGAAAGAGUUAGGAGACGAACAAGAGAAGACCCAGAUUUUAAAGGAGGAAGUCCAGCUACUGAAGAAAUGGGUCUCGGAAUUAGGAGGCCAAAAUACCAAUCUUAGAGAAGACUUAGAAGAAGCCCUCCUGGAAGUGACCACACUCAAGAACUCACUGUCAAAUGAGAAAAGGGAUGCUCUCCAUUGCAGAAAGGAGAUGGAGAUCUUACUGGAAGAGGAAAAGACAAGAAAAGAAAAACUAGAAGUUACCCUCCAUCACGCAAAGGACCUGGAGAGAGAAAGGAGUGAAAUGAGACUGCUUUUCCAGGAGAGGCUAAAAGAAAAGGACAAUGAGAGAAAGAAGCUACAGGAACGGACGGAACAGCUGCAGCAGAACUUGGAGAGUGCCAAGCAUGAACAGCAUAACUUGGAGAGCUCUUUAAAACAUGCAGAAAGAGAGCUCUCGUCUUUGAAGAGGGCAGAAAGCAAAAACCUCCAUGAACUGGAACUACUUGGGAAAAAAUGUGAAAGUUUGAGGGAAAAGUGUAGGAUACAGGAGGAGAGUAUAAUUAAAGAACGACAACGUGUCAGGGACCACCUAAGGACACAGCAAGAAGAACUGAGGAAUCAGGAUAAGUACAUGCUAAUGGCACUCCUCCAAGGGACUGCUCAAAGGAACUUCCAUCUGGAACACAUUGAACUGGAACGAAGAAACAACAGCGAAGACAUGGAUCCACAAAACUGUGCUGAAACAAGAGAUGGAAGUAAAGACCAUGUCAAGGAUGAGGACCUACAUGACCAAGUGAGGAGGGUAGAAGAGGAACAGUACGUAAAGUACUCCAAUGCCCAACGAGAAAAGAAGGACUAUGGAAAACAGUGGGAAGCCCUAACGCAGAUGGUGGAGGAUCUUAUUCAGGGAGACGAACAAAAAAAUGGCUAA